UUAAUAAUCAAAAUUUGAACUGUUGCCGGUUUAUCAGUUAACAUUUUUACAAACAAUAAGGUUAAAAACCUAAAAAUGUCUAUAUUUCAAGGAUUUCCUGACUUACCAAGUCCGAAUGAAACUGCUUAUUGUAAGAUAAAUGAAGUAUAUUGUUGUGCAAAUAGCCGUUAUGGAAAUGUAUCAACAUUCACUAAUACGGUAAACAAUCACCCUAAAAUAAAUGUUACAAGGGAUCUACACUAUCAUAGAUUAUCGGAUGAAAAUGUCUCAAUGUACAUUAACGUUGAAGACACAUUUCUUAAGAAAAUAUCAAGUGUUUGGUACAAUCAGGGUUUUCUAGAAGCUCUCAGUGUAGCUGCGGAUCCGACGACAAAUCGUGACAACAAAAUCUUAGCAGUAACUGCGUCAUAUGCCUUGAAAAUCGCGAACGUCUUUUCCACUUUUAGAUACUUCCUACAACCCCAUUUAAAGGACAUAGGGCCAAAGAUCGUAUCGAAAUAUUCUAGAACUCGCAACUGGGGUAGUUCUCCUGUUAAAUGUAUGGCCUGGCACCCGCAUACCACCAAAAUUGCAAUAGCUACUGCAGAUGAUGGUGUCAGGGUGUAUAGCUCUGAUGUAACCUUUGUGUCGACAUUAAAAUGUAAAUCGCAGUGUCAUGUGUCGUCAUUGAGCUGGCGGCCCUAUUCAGUGUCAGAAAUAGCAGUUGGCUGUGAGCAGGGUGUCAUUGUAUGGACAGUCGAUCCUAAUUCCAUGUUUACAAAACCAUCUUCGAGUAAUGCUGUUGUGUUGAAAAGAUCAGGCCACAGUCCCGUCACCGAUGUGAGCUGGUCUCCAAAUGGUGACCUUCUUAUUAGCUGCUGUGGUGCAGACACCUCAAUGUUGAUAUGGGAUGUUGCCAUGGAAACCGCAGUACCACUGCGAAGGGUGGCUGGAGGUGGAAUUGUGUUUGCACGGUGGUCACUCAAUGCCAGCAAGAUAUUUGCUGCAACUUCUUCAAUAAUAUUUAGGGUUUGGGAUACAAAAUCGUGGACGCCAGAGCGGUGGUGUGCGCGAGGUGCGGCGUGCUGGGGGCCGCAGGAUAUCGUAUUAUUUGCCGCUAAGGGAGAGCCAAUUGUGUAUGCUUUGAGAAAUACUGGGUUAUUGAAUGGAGCAAAAGACAGCAAAGCACAACAAGUGCUCGAUGUAGCAAAGGUGGAAUUGCCCUCUGGUGACUCCGUGGGGGGCCCCAUACUGGACAUGUGCUGGGAUCCUACCGGGAAAUAUCUUGUCAUACAGUUUGAAGAGUCUCACGUUAUAGCUGUAUUCUGCACUACUCAGAUGAUGAUGCAACUGAAUGUUACACCUUGUUGCCUUAUCAAUGGUAUAGACAACGAAGUGCCAUCGACGAUCGCGUUCCAACAGAACUUCACGGACGGCGCCUGUCUCACCGUAGCUUGGUCGAGCGGCAGGGUGCAGCACUUCCCUAUUGUGUGUACGGACUCGUACUGAACUCCUUUAUAUUAAAAGAAUGGAAACGGCGUAUGGACUGAAUGGGAAAUAGAUUUAAUGGAAGUGUAGAGAAUUUAUUAAAAUCUGACUGAAAAAAAAUCCUUGUCGUGGAAAUUUCUGGAAUACAUUUAAUUUUGUGUUUAUUAUUAAUAAUAUUGGACAUUGAUGUUCCUUUGGAAGCGAUAAGCAUCCAAAAAAAAUAGUUAAAUUAUCUUAAUCUUUGGAUGAAUAUCUAUGCCAAUUUAAAACAUAAAUAAAUAUAAAA